CUUGCAGUUGGGGUUCUGCCUGUGUUCUCUCCUCCUCCUCCUCCUCCUCUUCCUCUUCCCUGUUCAUCUUUGAUCUCCCAUUUGUUCGGUCUCUCUCUUGUAUCUGCUGUUGUCAUAAUCUUGGAAGAAGCAGGGGAAGAGAGAGAGACAAAGAGAGAGAGAGAGAGAGAGAGAGGAAUUCUUUCUUUCUUUUUACCUGAAAUCUUGAGCUCCGCUUUGUUACGUGGAAGCAAGAGAGGGAGAUCUAAAGCGAAGCGUUGUGUUCUCACGGUCUUUUCUUGUUGUUCGCUUCCUUAUCUUUUGCUCGCUAUCGAGUGUGUGGGUGGGGAAGAAAGAGAGCUCUGACACUGCGGCUCCACCGCAUUGUCUUGCUUAAUUCCCCAGCAACACUUGCAGCAGAAUACGACGUAAAAUACGCGAUUACUAUUUGUUGGAGGAAUUCGUGCUUUUACCUCAAGGAGAGAAUAAGAUUUGUCCUCUACAGGCACUUUCUGAGUGCUACUUAGCGUCCCCUGCUUCCGCUGUUUCCGGUUCGGGAGAGACAGGAGAGGAGGAGGGGAGAUGGAAAGGCUUACUUCGACGGCGCUGCUGCCGGAGUCGUUCCAGGGGACGAGGGACGACAUCACGGAGCAGAUGGGGGUGGUGUGGCAGCAGAUCAAGGCGCCGGUGAUCGUCCCCCUGCUGCGGCUGGCCGUGUUCGUCUGCCUGGUGAUGUCGGUCAUGCUGGUGGUGGAGAGGGUGUACAUGGCCGCCGUCAUCGCCCUCGUCAAGUUCCUCGGCCGGCGGCCCGAGAAGCGGUACAAGUGGGAGCCCAUUCGCGACGACCUGGAGCUCGGCAGCGCUGCCUACCCCAUGGUCCUCGUCCAGAUCCCCAUGUACAACGAGAAAGAGGUGUACCAGCUCUCGGUGGGAGCUGCAUGCGGCCUCUCGUGGCCGGCGGACCGGAUCAUCAUCCAAGUGCUCGACGAUUCCACCGACCCAGUGACGAAGGAUCUGGUGGAGAUGGAGUGCAACAGGUGGGCGAGCAAGGGGGUGCACAUCAAGUACGAGAGGAGGGACAACCGGAGCGGGUACAAGGCGGGGGCGCUCAGGGACGGCAUGAAGCGAGGCUACGUCGAGCACUGCGACUACGUCGUCAUCUUCGACGCCGACUUCCAGCCGGAGCCCGACUUCCUCUGGCGCACCGUCCCCUUCCUCAUCCACAACCCCGACCUCGCCCUCGUCCAAGCCCGCUGGAAAUUCGUGAACUCAGAUGAAUGUUUGAUGACAAGGAUCCAAGAAAUGUCACUGGAUUACCACUUCGCAGUGGAGCAGGAAGUGGGAUCCUUCACACAUGCUUUCUUCGGAUUCAAUGGGACCGCCGGUGUCUGGCGGAUAUCUGCUCUCAAUGAGGCCGGAGGUUGGAAAGAUCGAACCACAGUAGAGGACAUGGAUUUGGCUGUCCGAGCAAGCCUCAAGGGGUGGAAGUUUGUAUUCCUCGGUGAUCUCAAGGUUAAGAAUGAGCUGCCGAGUACUCUGAAGGCUUACCGGUAUCAGCAGCACAGGUGGUCUUGUGGCCCAGCAAACCUGUUAAGGAAAAUGUUGAUGGAGAUUGCAAGCAACAAGAAAGUGAAUCUGUGGAAGAAGGUCCAUGUGAUCUACAGCUUCUUCUUCGUUCGCAAGGUUGUAGCUCACAUCGUGACCUUUGUGUUCUACUGCAUCGUCAUCCCUGCCACUGUGCUUGUUCCUGAGGUGGAAAUACCCAAGUGGGGUGCCGUCUACAUCCCCUCCGUCAUCACCCUCCUCAAUGCUGUUGGAACCCCAAGGUCUCUUCACCUGCUUGUGUUUUGGAUCCUGUUCGAGAACGUCAUGUCAUUGCACAGGACAAAGGCCACCUUCAUUGGCUUGUUGGAAGGAGGAAGAGCAAAUGAAUGGAUCGUCACCGAGAAGCUUGGCGACACCAUGAAGGUCAAAAUGGCCACCAAGGCAGUCAAGAAGCCACCACGAACCAGAAUCGGUGAUAGGAACAGAGUAACAGCAAACACGAAUCCAUGGUUGUUCAUCUCGCCUGAUACUUUCUCAUGUCCAACUCAGGUUACAUCUGCUGGAGCUCGGCACAGGAGCUUUCCUCUUCUUCUGUGGAUGUUACGAUGUGGCCUUCGGGAAGAACCAUUACUUCAUCUACCUCUUCCUCCAAGCCAUUGCUUUCUUCGUAGUUGGUUUCGGCCAUGUCGGCACAUUCGUCCCCAGUUGAUGAGGUGCCUCCACUAAUUGCCAAAGGCUUCGCAUGACUUCAUCUUCUACCUCGGUCUAAGUCAAGGCAGUGCAGCAACUGCCCGUAGACUUCUAGUGUUCAUAUGCAGGGAUCUAAUAGAUACAGGGAAAUGAAAAAGGAGACAAGCAAGUAGGACAGCAGCUGCAGUUGUGGUAGAGAGAAGACUGGUUUAGUCUCAAGAAGAUUGAUUGUGUGCAUUUCAGAGGAAAAUAAAAGAAGAUAAAAUAGAGUGGUGAUGGUUGAAUUCUUCCAUAUAUAUAAUGCAAGUUUCUGGUUGAAAAGGAAAUGAAUAAGCCAAAAAGAUGGAUGGAGUAUCAAACACUCUCAGUUUCAUAUUUCAUUCAGCUUCUUGUAAUAAGCAGAUGCUCAAAUCACUCAGUUUCUUUUAGGGUUUGAUUUCUGUAUUGUUUUAUUUGGAUAAAUUGCAACCACAAGUGUUUGUUUGCUUGCUGUG